CUCGGGUGUGCCUGGCACACGAUCUAGCUAGCUUCGCAGUAGACUCGAUUCACUCCACUUCAACAACAAAAUACAAACUCCACUUCACAACUCAACCACAUAUCCAAACAGCCACCAAUCUAACCCAUGGUUUCCUGAGAUACAACCAAAAUGUCCUCCCGCUACGCAGCAGCCCGCCCCAAACGCGCCGGCGAGCAAUUCGCGCGAACUCACCACGGCGAGACUGAAGACGGCGGUGGCCCCUCUACAAGCAAGAAACCUAAAUUCGAUAUCCGCAACCCCUCAGCUCUUGCGCCCGACGCGCCUGAAGAAGAUGCCGUACUCGAAGCCGACGUUAUCGGGUCUGGGGCGGGCAUGAAGCGUGGGGCUGUCAAUAUCGACGGUUAUGACAGCGACUCCGAGAAUGAGGGGUUCGAUGCUCGCGCUGAAGAGAGGGCGAGGAGUAAGAAGGGGAAGAAAGGGGAAGUAAAUCUCGCAGAGGCGUUUGAGUAUGGGAAGGAUGGGAGUGGAGGUAAUGGGCCUGCCGAGGAAGAUGAAGAUGAGGAUAUGUUUGGAGACCUGGAAGAGGAUGAUGAGAAGGAAGAGGGCGCAGUGAGCUCAAAAGCCAAAGAGAAGGCAGUCAAGUUUCUUGAUGUCGAUGAGAUAGAGGGCCAGGUGGAGAGCAGUCGCAGCGGUGGUCACGUCUCAGGGAAUUUCGCACUCGAUCCCAAAGGCAAACUCUCCACCCACGCAAUGGACGACCAGCUUUCCUCAGACGACGAAGAAGACGCUGCGCUCGCUGCACAGGAAGAAGACAUUGACGAGGAAGUCGGCGCUGGUGGUUUGAAGCGUAAUGCUCCCAAAGUCGAUGCAUUCAACAUGAAAGCCGAGCAGGAAGAAGGCCGAUUUGAUGCUGCAGGAAACUUUGUACGGAAAGCAAACGAUCCAGAUGCAAAGCAUGAUAUGUGGUUAGAAGGCGUCAGCAAGAAGGAGAUGAAGAAAGCUGCUGAAGCACAUGAGAAGCGCGAGGCGGAACUACGGCAGAAGCGACUAGAGGACGAUGCAAUGCUGCUCCCUGACAUCCUCCGUGUUCUCAUCCUACAUCUCGAGCGUGGAGAAACAGUCCUAGAAGCUCUCGCUCGUCUCGGCAAAGGUCAGACAAAAACAAAGAAGAUCCCGAAAUGGAAAUUAAAGAAGAAGGGUCAGGAUCCAAUGGAAGUAGAUGCUAAGAAAGAGGAUGAGGAUCCGGAGCAGGUUAAAAUUAGAGAUGCUGUCAACAAGAUUACUGGUGCGGCGGAUCACCUGCUCACAAGAGGACAGACGGAGAUUUAUGAGCAGGAGAGGGAGAUGCUGAUUCGGCAGUACAGGCGUGAAUCGGGAGAAGAUUGGGUAGAACCGCCUAAAGAGGAGAUUGCUGAAGAGAUGCCGGCCAAGAUGUGGGAAUAUAGGUGGAUUGAUGGACGAGAUGGAGCGGCGAAGCAAGGUCCUUAUGAUGGUCCUACGAUGGUUGCGUGGCAGGAUGCAGGAUAUUUCGGUGAAGGGGUUGAAUUUAGGAGACUUGGUGAUGAUGGACCUUGGGAUAGAGUUGUGGAUUUUGUAUGAAUAAUGAGACGCCUGAGAUUCAUGAGCAUGAAUGAUACCCAAAAAGAAAUGGAAAGUAAAAGUUCAUAAUGAUGCUACCUAUCCUUAUUUCACAAUAUUAGUGUUAGUGUUUGC